CCAAGCGAAGGAGAUCCGUCAGCUCUCCAAAACAAGAUGUAUUGGCAAAUGAUUCUGACCCUGCUUGUGCUAUUGGACGUUCUUCAGAUGGCAGUUGCCCACUGUAUGCUCCAUCAAAUUCCUCCCCGGAACUUUACAUUACCCUGUAUGCUGCUGAAUGAGACAGUUUUGAGUCCUUUCUCUGCUGGAGCUGUAGAGAGCUGGUCUGGUUUGAGCAGAGAGCAUGGAGCAUCCAAACCCAAAUCUCCCUUGCUAACAGAUGAAGAAAGUUUUCUGUGCUGCCUUAGGAAUGAUAGCAACAUUGACUGUUCUUUGUACAGAGCAAGCAUGCAAGCAAGGAAGUUUAUUCCUUCAGAAAUAAGUACCUCUGCUUCUCAGGAAAAAGAUUCAAAUUGGAACAUUGAAUGUUGGACUAAAGGCAAACUGGACCUGCUGAUUUGUACUCUGAGGUUUUUGGGGUUGUAUUUGAGAGCUGACCUGAAGGUUAAUCUUUUCUAUGCUGUGUCAGAGCUGUCUCUGGGGGAUGUAUCUACGAGCUCUCUGAAGGGGCCUGUCACAGCUGCUCAGUGUGACUGCAGUGAGUAUGGUGGGUGUGAGUGCUGUGUGCCUGCCCUGAGACUCAACUACACUUACAUCAUGUGGCUGAAGAUGGUGGUUGGUGUUACACCUCUGUGGUCACCUUUGAUGUCAGUCAAGCCCAUAGACAUAGUAAAGCCUGAACCUCCUUUGAACCUGCAUCUAGAAAUGACAGAGGAAGGUCAAAUGAAGAUCUGCUGGUCCGACCCUGUGUUGAUGCCAUUCAGACUUCAGUAUGAAGUGAAGAUCUCUGCAAAUUCAAGUGAAAAUGGUUGGCAGAUGGUUCAGGUUGCUCUGGAAGCCUCACUGGCCAUAGACAAUAUGCUGCUUGGAUCUUCAUACUUGGUUCAAGUGCGGUGCAGGAAUCACCAUGGUUCUGGGUUCUGGAGUGACUGGAGCACACCAUAUAACCUCAACUUGGGAGCUCAAGUCCUGUACUUCCCUCCUAAGCUACUGACCAGUGUUGGUUCUAAUGUUUCCUUUCAUUGCAUCUAUAAAAACAAAACCAAGCUUGUAGCAUCCAAGAAGAUUGUCUGGUGGCUGAACUUAGCAGAAGAAAUCCCACAAAAUGUGAAUAUUAAUAUCACCUGUGAAACGGAUGGGUACUUAACUAAAAUGACUUGCAGAUGGUCUGCAAACCCAAACACUGUGCUCCUGGGGAGUUCCUUGCACUUAAGAUACCACAGGAGCAGAAUUUAUUGUUCCGACUUUCCAAGUACAUCUCCCAAAUCAGAGGUGAAGGAAUGUAAUUUACAGAAGAAUCAUUCUUACGAGUGCACAUUUCAGCCUAUUUUUCUUUUAUCUGGAUAUACCAUGUGGAUAGAAUUUAAGCACUUACUAGGAACACUUGAAUCCUCACCAACUUGUGUCGUUCCAGCAGAUGUGGUGAAGCUGCUUCCUCCCUCCAGUGUUAGAGCGGAACUCACCAGGAAUGUUGGGCUGCUGAAUGUGAGCUGGACAAACCCUCUGUUUGCAAACAGUGAUCUGAGAUUUCAGAUUCGGUAUGCUGUGAACAGGGAGGAAAUGAUGUGGGAGGUUUAUGAAGUUUCAAACGCACCCACAAGAUCAGCUGUGAUAGAAGUUCAGAACCUCUGUGUUGAGUAUGUUGUUCAGGUCCGGUGCAGGGAGCUGGAUGGAUCAGGCUACUGGAGCAACUGGAGCAGAUCAGCCUAUACCCUUGUAAAAGAUAUCAAAGCUCCCUUACAAGGCCCUGAAUUUUGGAGAAUUAUUACUGAAGAUCCCAUAAAGAGGCAGAAGAAUGUCACACUCCUGUGGAAGCCACUGAUGAAGAGUCACUCCUUGUGCAGCGUGAGCCGGUACAUUAUACAGCAUCAGAUGUCAGGAAACACCACGUGGUCAGAGUAUGUUGACAAUGGCACUACCUGUUCGUUUCCAUGGACUGAACACACACACACCGUUACUGUUCUGGCCAUGAAUUCAGUUGGAGUUUCUUCAGUUAAUUUCAAUUUAACUCUAUCCCAGCAAAUGAGCACAGUGAGUGUUGUGCGGUCCCUCAGCGCUUACCCAGUGAACAGCACUUGUGUGAUUCUGAUCUGGACACUCUCACCUCAAAUGUACGUGAUAACGUCUUUCGUUAUUGAGUGGAAGAACCUUAACAAAGAAGAGGAGAUGAAAUGGCUGCGAGUUCCUCCAAAUAUCAGUAAAUAUUACAUUUAUGAUCACUUUAUCCUGAUUGAGAAGUACCGGUUCAGCCUGUACCCUGUGUUUGCGGGAGGAGUUGGCAAAUCCAGAGCAACGGAUCAGUUUACCAAAGCUGGAUAUGAAAAUGAGAACAAUUCCAACCUUUACGUGGUUCUGCCAAUAGUCAUUUCAACCUCAGUUUUGUUGCUUGGAGCACUGCUGGUUUCACACCAAAGAAUGAAGAAGCUGUUUUGGGAAGAUGUUCCAAACCCCAAGAACUGCUCCUGGGCACAAGGAGUUAAUUUUCAGAAGCCUGAAACUUUUGAGCAUCUCUUCAUCAAGCGCCCCGAAGCAAUGUCAUUUGAGCCUCUUCUGGAACCAGCAAUAGUGCUGGAAGACAUCAGCGUCACUGAAGUGUUGAAAAAAGACGACUCACAAGAUUUUUUAGUCACUGAUUCCAUGUUUACAACACCACAAGACUCUGCACAUGACUCUGCUUGCUCCAGCAGCCAUUUCCAUAGUAGCAGCUUCUCUGAGAGCUCCCACGAUGGCCAAAGCAGUGCAGAAGUGACAGGGGAGUCUGAUAUUAAGUAUGCUACUGUCCUGAGUAACUCCAGAUCAAGUGGCCUUUAUGAACACAAAGUGAGGCCAAGAAGUUGCUUUGAUAGAUGCUGCUUAGCUGAAGACUCUUCAGCUACAGGCUCUUUCUCAAGCAGCUCCUGGGUGGUGAGGAAUGGGGCAUUUCUGGUACUACCUGAUGCACCCAUCAGGCAGGCCAAGACUCUCUCCUUGUCCCUCAUCUCUUCAGAGGGAUUUUCAGAGCCUUCAGAUCAUGAUGAUGCUUUCCCAGAUGGAGACAGUCCUGAGCAGAGCUUGUGUUACAUUGGAAUAACGUCACUGGGAAAAAGGGAGAAUGACAUUUUCUUAACAGACAGCUCCAGGGUGAUGUGUCAGUUCCAUGCAAUGGAUCUGCUCCAGCAUGGGGGGGUUCUGCAGCACACACCAUCUCAUUUAAAUGCCUUUAUCCAAAGCAGCCUUCAGUACAAAGCCAUCGUGCCAUACAUGCCACAGUUCCAGAUGACUGCAGCCAAGGUGCAGGAGAGCACGGAGAAGACCUCUGAAGUCACCACACCGUGAUCUGAUGCACUUAAUGGUAUUUUAGGUGUUGAUACAUUCCUGGUUUUCCCCUCUCCUGACUUGUUACAGGAGCUCUCCUGAUUUGAAGCCAGGUAACUGGUUCUGUAUUUGAGUGCCAGGGUUUUAGUAGGAAGAAAUUCCAUUUCUUCACCUAUUUUUCAAACGGGGACCCUUGCUUUUAAGAUUUGUUUUCAAACUAGCCUUUGGUGCCAAAUUCUCUGUGUCGAUGCCUGUCAGGUGUAUGUGUGAGCACUCCAGUGAAGAACUGCACUUGGAAUUGGACUCAGUGCCAUGGACAUUCAGGUGAAAGGAUUGGAUGUGAUCCCAACGGACUGUGUUUUCCACCACAGAGUGUGCCUGUUGGCAGCACAGACCCACACGCACAUUUCUUCUCUCCUCAAACAUCGCAGCAAACUGCCCUGAAAGAGCUUGUUCUUGGUUUAGGGUUUGCUUUGGGACCUCGAGGGCGAGACAGGAAGGAGUGAGCUAACAUGGAGGUUGAAAUAUGUACAUGUGAGGUGGUUUUUUGGGGUGGGAAAACUGGAAUGAGUCAUUUCCCUGGGAAUGAUUUGUGACACCGAGUGCAGUGGGGUGAGUCGACCUGGAUGCGGUGCAGACUCCAGGUUACGAUACACUUGAGCUGGUGGGAAAUGGAUGAACUAUACACAUACCAGAUACAUUUGUUAGGCUCUUUUCCUCCCAAAUCCUGAUGUAUUUAUUGCUGAGCUGACAUCUGGGUUAAACAGAGCUUGUGAAUACACAAAUGGUCCCCAUGAAAAAGCAGUGGGAACGCUGUGUUUCAGCUGCUGGAAGGGAGGCCCUGACCAAGAACAGCAAACUCAGGGCUGCUCUUACACAGUGUCUUUCAAAGUGAAUUGAAAAUACUCAUCAGUAGCAUCAAAGAGCAUCAUGAGGUCAGAUAAAAGAAUCAAAACUCUUGUGGGUGCCUUAAUUGUGGGGUGUUAUCCAGGGAAAACCAUGUCCUUGGAAUUAAAUGUCCAUGUUGUUGUUGUUGAAUGUGAGAUUCUAGUGCAAAUGGUAGCGCUGGCAAACUAGCAUCACUUCCAACCCCCUUUGCUAAGAGCCUGCAGUAGCGAAGGCAGUGGUUUGAUCCUGUGUUUUGAUCUGUGGUGAGCUAGUCUGUCUGCAUGGACUCGGAGACGUCACUUUGCCUUCACAAGCCCUGUGCUGCUCAGCUGGAAAGCUUCAGGUGGGAGGAAAACCGCAUCUUGCAUCUGAGCUGUAUUUUCUGGGAUGAGCAGGUAAAGAAACCCCACUUGUUGGAAAGCCAAAUAUAUCUUUUUCUACUUGAUAGUAAAUAUUUUUGUAGACAUGCCAAAGAACUAUUUUGAGGAACUAAGAAAGAUCGAUAUAUUGUGUAUUCCAAAGCUAAAUUCAUGUAAAACUUCUACAGGCACUUAAACCCAAAAGGGCAAACCCCAGCAAUGAUAGUACAUGGUAGGAGAGGUGUGGAAACAUUGAGUAUUUGUGAUAAGAAAUCCUAUGGAGCAGAAGGGACCGCAGCAAGUGUGUGUCUGCAUUUUGGAGUUAAGAUGAGCUUUAGCAAAGACCCCACUGCUUUUUCUCACUGAAUGUGACACAAAUCCCAUGUACUUGUUUCAGAGCUGUUGUGUGUGGUGGGGGGAUUAAAACCUGUCUUGUGUGAGUGACCAGA